GCGGCCAGGGGCCGAGCCGGCCGGGCGGCCGCGCCGACCAGACCCGAGAGGAAGCGCUGAGGCGGGAGGGAUGAUCUCGCGAUACACGCGGAAGCCGGUGCCCCCUGACGCCCUGGGGAUCCGAGGACUUACAAAGAAUACCUUAGAACAUCAUCCCCUGCCAGACUCACUAGAAGACAGUCAUCCAUCCACUGGAAGCCAAGAAGAUGUUUUAAGUGAUUCUGAAAGUACAAAAGAAUUAAAUUACCAACCUAUCACUUCUGUGGGCAAUGGAAACUUAUGGUCACCCAGUCAGAGCUUCACAGGCAACUCCACAGAAGACAGCUCAGUCUUCUCUUGGGGCUAUGAUGAAUUUGAUAAAGCUGCUACACGGCAAGUUCAGCAGAUAUUCAGACACAUUGAUGAGCUUUUGUAUGAACAGAAACCAAGUGUCUAUGUUGAAGGCAUAGAGGAAGAGUGCCAGCAAUGGUCAUCAAGCUUUCCCCAUCUCAGGAUUGUGGGAAAACAAGUGGUGAGCCCCACAGAUGAAGGUUAUGGCUGGUAUUCUAGUUCGCCUUGCAGCACCUUAGGUUCUUCAGAUACAAGCCCAACUCAAGAGAAAGAUCCUAGUGAGUUUAGUAUUUUGGGCAAAAAGGUUUCCCUUUCUGAAACUCCUGUUUCUAAAGAAGGUCACUUUUCAAAGCCUCCUGAAUUGUGUGUGUUGGAGAGUGAAGGAGAAGAUGGAGUGAUUGUCUCAGAAGGCAUAAUGGAGGAAUAUUUAGCAUUUGAUUGCAGAGAUGUGGAGGAAGAAUUGCAUGAAAGGAAAAUGGGGAUUUCACCCGGAAGACGGAAACUGGGCUUCCCUCCGAUCUCACCGUCAUACUGCAUGAGGGAUGCUGUUCUUUCCUAUGUAUUUGAUGAUGUGUGGAGUGAAGUUUUGGGCUAUAUGGAGCAGUUGAUCUGUAGACACUGGGAAGGGUCAGUCUCAGAUGAUGAGAAGAAUAUCAUAACCGUAGAAACAAGCAGGACCGAUUCAGGAAGCCCUUUUAUGCAGUUUGAACCGUUGCCGUUGUUGUUACCUCGGAUGCCACAAACCAAAAUGCCCUCCAUCACCUCCAAUCUGUACUCAGAACGCAGAUUCGGAUGCAAAACCAAAAAGAAGAGAAAAUCACCAGAAGUAAAUCUUUCUCAAGGAACGAGCUGCAGUCCUCAACGUAAUUUGAAUGGCCUGAUGGUGAUUCAUGGGAUGCCCUUACACCAAAGGAACCUGCCGCUGGUGGAUAAAAUCUUAGACUUAAACGACAGAUUGCUUACCAGGCCAGGCUCCAGUUCUGUACUAGCAACCAGAGCUUGGCCAAACCGCGCUCUUGAGCUCAGCACGUCUUCACUGUCCUAUUCUGCUCAGUCCACUAGAAGGCGUAACCCACCACCGCGUACCCUGCAUCCCAUCAACACCAGCUAUUCUCGCUCGGGGACUCCGAGAUCCAUGGACGAAGUCAUCAGGGGAACACGACUCACCACUGCAAAUGAGCAGCUGUCGUCACCUUCCCCGAUGCCACUGAGCCGAAAUAAUCUCCUGCCUCCUAUUAGUGCUGUAGAUGCAGUAGAACAUUUGGGAUCCCAAAAGCAAAUGAAAUCCCAGGGGAGUGCCAGCCGAGCUCGCAGUGCUAUAGCAGAUGAAAUAAACCAUCAACCAGUACAUGAAAGAUUUUUGUUGCCUGAUAGCUUCUCCAGACCCAACACAUCCCAUGCAUUUUGGCCAGACUCGCAGCAUCGCCGUUCUUGCACUGUGAUUGAUUAUGCUAAUCAUCCACGGACCAACAAAGGAUCUGCUGGCACAGAUUCUAUUAACGUAGGAGUGAUGGGAGUCAGUUUAGGGAUAUCUAGUUCUUCCUAUAUUAAUUCUUUCCACCACCAGCCUCUUGGUCAUUUUCUUUACGAGGAUGAGGAGGACAAAGACGAUCACCCUCCACUGGGUCUUCAGUUGCACGGGUCUGUGAGAACUCACAGCCGAGGCGGAUCAAUCUCAAGAAGCAGACAGGGAUUAUAGCACGUUAUGAGAAGGAACCAUCCCUCUCCAAGACUAGGGAU